AUGUUUUUAUUUUUUUUCCUUUUAAUUAAAUCAGAUACAUAUUCAAUCUUAAUUAAUACAUCUAGAGGAUUCCAUAAUUAUAGACAUAUGACAGAUUUAUAUAUUAUGUAUGACUUAUUAAGAUUAUAUAGUACACCAUCUUCUAAUAUUAUUACAUAUUUUCCCGAAGAUAUUUUUCAGGAUAAAAGAAAUUUAGUACCGGAAACAGUACAUGUAAAUGAAAAAGAAAAGCUUAAGUAUAAAAAGUUAACAUCUAAAGGAUACACUGUCAAUGACGUAUUGAAUGGAUUAAGAUGCAAUAUAAAUGAACUAAAAAAUAUUACGUGUAAAGAUAAUAUAUUUAUAUACAUGGUAGGGCACGGAUGUGAUGGUGCUAUAAAGUUUUACGACAAAGAGUGGCUUACAAAAGAAGAUUUAAUGAGGAGUCUUAGAAUACUUUCUAAAAGAGUAAAUAAAAUAUUUUUUAUACUUGACACAUGUGAGGCAGAAAGUAUAAUUUCUAGAGAUAUAAAAAAUAUGUAUUUAGUCACUACAAGUGUGCAUGGUGAACCAUCCCUGAGUGUGUCAAAAAGUGAUACCUUGGGUGUCUACACCGCAGAUGAACUUUCUUAUUAUUUUAUGAGGGAAUUGCAAAAUGAAAAUAGUGAGAAUUACACGCUAGACAAAAUAUUUGAAGAAAUAUCAUAUGACAUGACUUCAACUCUUACAUGGAAGAAAAAUGAAAGCUUUAAGGUAAAAGACUUCUUUAAAACUAAGCAACAGAUAGAACUAUCCUUAUAA